AUGCAGCGCUACAAGGUCACCAAGCAGCUGGGCGACGGCACCUACGGCAGCGUGUUCAAGGCGAAGAACAAGCAGACGGGGGAGGUGGUGGCCAUCAAGAAGAUGAAGCGCAAAUACUACACGUGGGACGAGUGCCUGGCACUGCGCGAGGCGCGUGGUGUGCGCAGCCUGCGCAAGCUGCACCACCCCUGCAUCGUGCAGCUGAAGGAGGUGAUCCGCGAGAACGACGAGCUGUUCUUCGUUUUCGAGUACAUGGACUGCAACCUGUACCAGAUGGUGAAGGACCGCGACAAGUACUUUGCCGAGAGCCGGGUGCGCAACUGGACGUACCAGAUCCUGCAGGGCCUGGCCUUCAUGCACAAGCAGGGCUACUUCCACAGGGACAUGAAGCCGGAGAACCUGCUGGUGCACCGCGACACAGUGAAGAUAGCAGACUUUGGGCUGGCCAGAGAGAUCCGCUCGCGCCCGCCCUACACAGACUAUGUGUCCACCCGCUGGUACCGCGCCCCCGAGGUCCUGCUGCGCUCCCCGCACUACGGAGCCCCCAUCGACAUGUUUGCCGUGGGGGCCAUCAUGGCGGAGCUCUACACCCUGCGUCCCCUCUUUCCGGGCAGCUCAGAGCCCGAUGAGCUGCACAAGAUCUGCUGCGUGAUGGGCACCCCCAGCGCCGCCACCUGGCCAGAAGGACUGCAGCUGGCGCAGCAGAUGAGCUUUCGCUUCCCGCAGCAGGCCGCGCAGCCGCUGGCGAAGCUGGUGGCCACGGCCAGCCCAGAGGCGGUGGAGCUCAUGACGGCGAUGUGCCAGUGGGACCCCAAGCGCCGCCCCAGCGCGGUGCAGGCCCUGCAGCACCCGUACUUCUGCGUUGGCAUACGCAGCCCGCCCGCGCUG